GCUGGAGGGAGGCAGCUGUUGCCAUUAUAUUAGCAGGCAGCUCAGAUACAUCAGCGCUGUUAUUACCUUCAACCUCAAACCCCCAAAAAUGAGCUUGUCGGUGCCAUAAUAAUACCAAAACUGAAAAUAUAGAUUUAAAAAAAAAAAAAAAGUUAAAUCAAUGGUACAGAAAAGUAGUAUGUCCAGGACGCCUUCGACCUCAACCCAGGAGAUCCAAAUGGACAUGUUCGACCAUCAUCCACACACACAGGGAAAAUGUGCCAAGAGGAAGAGUCGAUUCAAGCGUUCAGACGGAAGCACCUCUUCUGACACCACCUCCAACAGCUUUGUCCGACAGGGCUCUGCAGACUCUUACACAAGCCGGCCAUCGGACUCAGAUGUGUCCCUGGAAGAAGACCCAGAAGCUCUGAGGAAAGAGGCCGACAGACAAGCUCUUGCUACGCUCGAGAAAGCAAAGACCAAACCGGUGGCUUUUGCUGUGCGUACAAAUGUUGGAUACAACCCCGGCCCCAGUGAUGAUGUUCCUGUGCAGGGCAUGGCCAUAUCCUUCGAAGCCAAAGACUUCUUGCACAUCAAAGAGAAGUACAAUAAUGACUGGUGGAUUGGGCGACUGGUGAAGGAGGGCUGUGAAGUGGGUUUCAUCCCCAGCCCCGUCAAACUGGAGAACACUCGCCUGCUACAAGAGCAGAGGAUGAGACAAAAUCGUCUCAGCUCCAGUAAGUCUGGAGGAAGCUCCAGUCUGGAUGUUGCCACGGGAACCCGCAGGCCCACCCCACCUGGCACAGCUCAUGUGGACAUGUCCACAGUGGCCUAUGACGUUGACCCCCUCGACCUGGAUGCUGAGGAGCCCCCUGAGUCACAGGGUGAGCCUCGCUCCUCCAAGAGCAUGUCAGGCAGCGUCACGUCCCCUCAGGCCAACGCCCACCGAUUGCCCUUCUUUAAGAAGAUGGAGCACGUCCCCCCCUAUGAUGUGGUUCCUUCCAUGAGACCCAUUAUUCUGGUCGGACCGUCGCUUAAAGGCUACGAGGUGACAGACAUGAUGCAGAAAGCACUGUUUGACUUUCUGAAACACAAGUUCGAGGGCAGGAUAUCCAUCACACGAGUCACAGCGGACAUCUCUCUGGCCAAACGUUCAGUCCUCAACAAUCCCAGCAAACAUACCAUCAUUGAACGCUCCAGUACCCGCUCCAGUCUGGACGUACUGGCGGAGGUGCAGAGUGAGAUUGAACGUAUCUUUGAGCUGGCUCGGACCCUCCAGCUGGUGGCUUUGGAUGCGGACACCAUCAACCAUCCUUCUCAGCUGGCUAAGACCUCCCUGGCUCCCAUCAUUGUCUAUAUCAAAAUUGCCUCUCCUAAGGUUCUCCAACGGCUCAUCAAAUCCAGAGGGAAGUCCCAAGCCAAACACCUCAAUGUGCAGAUGGUGGCAGCAGACAAGUUAGCUCAGUGCCCACCUGAACUGUUUGACAUCAUCCUGGAUGAGAACCAGCUGGAGGACGCCUGUGAGCACCUGGCUGACUACCUGGAGGCCUACUGGAAGGCAACACACCCCCCGAGCAGCAACCCUCCCAACCCUCUGCUCAACCGCACCAUGGCCACGGCGGCCCUGGCCGCUUCUCCUGAGCCUGUGUCCAACCUGCAGGGGCCGUACCUUGUGCACGGAGAGCAAAAGCGGGAAGGUCCUCUGACAGAGUGCGGGGGGAGCGGCGCUCUGCAUGACUAUCAGACCGACGUGGGCGGAAAACCCCCGCAGCAGCAGCACCAGACGUACCUGUGCUCUUCUCGCGGCCAGCUGCGAGGAGGAAGCGGGCGCGGCCUGUCGCGCCAAGACACGUUCGAUUCCGAGACCCAGGGCAGCCGGGAUUCGGCCUACACCGAGGCGGGCGAUUCCUGCAUGGACAUUGAGACUGACCCCUAUGAGGAGCCCGAGCCCUACCGAGGGGGCGGGGGCAGUCGCCUCCACCUGGCUCAGCAUCACGGCCGGCAGGCCUCUUGGGAAGACGAAGGCGCCGAGCCAGAUCAGGAGAACCUGAACCACCCUCCCAUCCCGAGCCAGAUGCAGGCGCACGGACGAGCCAAGCUGAGGGAGCGCUACUGCCAGGACCCCGUGGACACGGGGUCCGCCAUGAGCCGCAACAAGAACCAGGACGACUGGGGGAGGGAUGUCUACAUCCGCUGAGCGUGCAUCAAACCGCAGGGGCAAAGAAAGCUGCUGGAGAGGCUGCGGAUGGAGUGGGUCCGGACUGGGGUCGGGUUUGAGGCCUUGCCAGUCAGGCUGACAAAUCGAUCUGUUUACAUCCAAAUACAGUGUAAAAAAACAAAAACAAAAGAUCACCUGCCAGAUGCCACUCUCAUCACCUCAUCACUGCAGUUCAGUUAAUUUAUGUUUAUGAAAAUAAACAUUGAUUAUUUUUUUUUUUAUGUUAAAAUUAACACUGCAUGGAUAUUAUUUCUUUACUGGCAGCACGAAAGCAGUAAUUGUGUGAUUGUGAUGUGCACGACUCCUGCAGCUGCAGGAGCGGCGGUCCGUCCCGUAAACAGGGUCUGACCUUUACUGGCCUCAUGUCACAUGUCAGGGUUUCUCUCGCCGCCUCCACUUUCUCAUCACACGGACUUUAAAUCAUCGGCGGCUAAUCGGCCAUAUUUUAAUCAAGAGGCGUUUUUGAUGUUGUUACGCUCCAAAGAUGUUUACUUCUCCUCCUUCUUCUCCUUCUUCCGUGGCCUGGUUCAGCUGCUGUACCUGCCUGUCAACGUCGGUCCUCCCAUUCCGCCGUGCUCUUCUUCGUUGGUGCAGAGGGCAACAACAACUUCUGCUCCUAACGUAUUCACUCGCGCUCUGGUUUUCAUGCAAACGAAGUGUCCUGCCUUAGUCAGUCUCACCUUUACUUCAAGAAAACUCCAGUCACAAGUGCCGGAAUGUCUCUCGCCAAGCCAUGUCCACCACUGCCACGGUGGGACGUCUUAACUCGCUUGUCACGCUUGUUUUCUCACUACACCUGUGUCUCUUUGUGUCUCUUGCAUUGACGCUCCAGCUCCUCGCUCACCUGGUUUACUUUGCACCAGCUUUGUUUAUUUUUCAGGGUUAACGUUUCUCGAAAGACCACUCGUGUGUCCUUCAAUCCAGAAUCCAACCCUCACAGCUAGCUUGUCUGAUAUUUAAAAAAAA